AUGCUCGACUCUGUCAAAGUCUCGCGAUACCGCGCCGUGAGUCCUCCUAAGCCGAUGGGCCUCGCCAAUCAAGAAGAAACGCACUACAAUGAUAACAUCAGUCGUGCAAAGACACACCCCAGUGAGCAAGUAGCCCCGAACUCGGCGGCGAAUGUUCCACAGGUAAGGCAAACAAUACUGGGGGUCACAUUACUCGAGACGGGAGUCAGCAAGCAUCUAAGGAUCGCGAGGCCCGCAUGCAAUGAAUAUGUCGUCGGCUCCUCCGCUGGAUCGCGUGGUAUACACAAGAUCAGCGAAGGUUAUGAGCACCUCGACACUGAAUUGGCUCAUAUGUUUGAAUCAGAUGGCCGGUCUUGGGUGAAAGAGAUCAUCUCGAAGACUGUGGCCGAAGGCGAAGAGGGCCGUGCUGGCGUGGUGAUCAUGCCAAAAAGUUGUGAAGAUGUUCCUGUCUUGGAAUCAGCUGUCACCUCCGCGGGCGAGUUGAAGGGAUUCACCGGAAAGGGAACAGUGUAAGGGCUAUGGGCACUCACGAUCUAACGAACGCGCAUGAUGAUUCUAAUCAUGAGAACUAUUGCAUAUGGGUAUCCAAAUACACGCAUUGGGAUCCGAGAUACGCA